AUGCAGAGCAUGCAGAGACGAUUCGGCCGAAUGACUGCGGUCAAAUCCGCCGACAACAGCCAAGUGACCGUCCUCUUGAAGGAUUUCGAAGACGCCGACUCCCUCUUCACCAAGAUCAUUGAGUCUACCAAGGCCUGGCGCGAUGCGUGGGUGUCCAUUGCGACCUUUCAGAGUCGCAUGGCCGACGAGUUCGACGGUCUCUAUGCGCCCAUCGUCGGUUCCUCCGAGACCGAGGCCCUCCAUACCCCUGUGGAGACCGACCCCGCGCUCCUCUCGAGAACCAGCAACCUGCGACGCGAAUUUGAUGAGCUCCGCGGCGAGCUGGUGCAGGAGCUCAAUCUCGUCGAGCAGCGCAUGUCCCAGCCGGUGCAGCAGGCGAAGACCUACUUGGCUCCGAUGAAAAAGGCCAUCAAGAAGCGCAAUGAUAAAAAGUCGGAUUUCGAGCGCUUUCAAGGCAAAGUCGACGGCCUUAUCCACAAACCAAAACGCUCCGACCGCGAAAAUGCCAACCUCGCCAAGGCAGAGGCAGAUCUAUCUAUGGCAAAAGAAGUCUACCAAGCAGCAGAUCAAGACCUGCUCCAGCGUCUGCCCACUCUGAUCUCGCUCCUCUUCUCUCUGGCCCCAUACAUUCUCAGAGCGCAAGUUGAGAUCCAGAACAGCAUGUUAGCGCACUACUACACCGUGCUCUCCGCCUACUGUGACGACGAAAGGUUCCCCAAUCCACCCCCUCCGAUGGACCAAGUAGUCCAAGAGUGGGAAGUUGCCCAUGGGACCGCCCAAGCCGACGUCGAGAGCCUGGGCUGCCUCGCCCAUGGCAAAGCCCUCCGCCUAUCCCAGGCCCACGAGACCCAGAAUAAGCGCCCUUCCAUCGGUGGGCGCGCCAGCAGCACUAUCUCGUCUAUUUCGUCUAUCCGCAGUGGCAGCACCGGCAACAAAAACGCCGUGCCACCCCCAAUGCUUGCGCCCAAGCCCUGGGCAUCAGAAUUCCGCUCACCAUCGCCGUCCUCAUCGACGAUGACACCGCCCAUUUCUGUCGGUAGCUCAUCAAGCACCCCGCCGCUACCAUCAGGAGGUGACUCGUACAUGCCACCUCCCCCAGUGGCCGCAAUACCGAGUCCAUACAUCCAGCCUGCGGCCCCACCCAGCGGUGUCUCAUUCUCGCCCGCAGGUCCGAAGAUCGACCACUUCCAACUCCACCGCCAGGCCUCCGCGAACACGACAUCCAGCUUGUCCGGGCCCGAUGCCCUUGCCUUCGCCGCGGCAAAAAAGAAGAAGCCUCCGCCGCCGCCGCGGCCCGCUGCAAACUUUGUCACGGCCCUGUACGACUUUGACGGACAAGGCGCUGGGGACCUUGUUUUCCGGGAGGGCGAUCGCAUCCGCGUGGUGCAGAAGACGAAUAGCACGGAUGACUGGUGGGAAGGGGAGUUGCGGGGCAUGCAGGGCGCGUUCCCGGCGAACUAUGUGGAAUAA